UCGAGGCGGGCUUCGCGUCGGCGGGGCGCUGAGGAGCGAGGUCUUCGUCCUGGGUUUGGGGGAAGUGAGGAGAUUGGGGCGGGAGGGCGCAGUUGGCCUCGUUCCUAAACACCAAGAAGGAUUCCAUUCCCAACUCCUACCCCAAACCGUCCUGUGACCAUGAGCGGUCCUGCAGAGUGACGACUUAAAUCCAAGGUCAUGGCAAAUCAUCUGAAGUUCAUUGCCAGGACUGUGAUGGUACAGGAAGGGAACGUGGAAGGUGCAUACAGGACCCUAAACAGAAUCCUCACCAUGGAUGGGCUGAUUGAGGACAUAAAACGGCGGCGGUACUAUGAGAAGCCUUGCCGUCGGCGACAGAGGGAAAGCUAUGAAACCUGCCGGCGAAUCUACAACAUGGAAAUGGCUCGCAAGAUCAAUUUCUUGAUGCGAAAGAAUCGGGCAGAUCCAUGGCAGGGCUGCUGAGGCCUGUGAUGAGGAGGCCCAAUAUAAAAACCCUUAUUCAUUUGUC